UUUUCAAGACCGGUCACAGUUUUUCACUAUAUGGACCUCCCAGCCGGCAAAUAACAUAUAUAACUUCAUUGACAGGUCCCUAACAGGAGUCUGCCUCGAGGACAGAAGGGUGGCUCUCCAACAAAGAAAAAAGACUCAAACGAAAGUUUUGCCAUUUGUUACGACAUAUCACCUAGCCGUACGUGGCUUAAAAUAAAUUUUAAUGAAUAACUGGGUUGUAGUACAAGAGCAGUUGUUGCUGAAAAAUGUCUAUACCAAGCCUCCAAUUAUAUCAUACAAGAGAGGCAAAUCUCUUAAAGGUACGCUAGUUAGAGCGUAUAUUUAACUCAAGGCUGAAAUGCAUCGCUAUCGCAAUUCACGAGGGAAAUCGGUGUAGGCCUGUCAUUAUCUUUUGUUACCAAGGGUAUACAAGGGUAUACAAGGGUUUACAAGGGUAUGCAAGGGUUAACAAGGGUAUCCAAGGAUAUGUAAGCAUAUACAAGGGCAGUAGACAAGGGUUUACAAGGGUAUGGAGGAGUAUGCAGGGGUAUACAAGGGUAUACAUUGGUGUAAGGGUAAACAGGGGUAUAUAUGGGUUUACAAGGGUAUACAAGGGUUAAAACAAGGGGAAAAAAGGGUAUGCAAGGGUAUACAAGAGUGUACGUGGGUAAACAAGGGUAUACGAGAGUUUACAAGAGUAUGUAUGGGUAUACAAGGGUAUACAAGGAAAUACAAGGGUAUACAAGGGUAUACAAGGGUUUACAGGGGUAUUCAUGGGUUUACAGGGGUAUACAAAGGUACACAAGGGUAUACAAGGUAUACAGGGGGUAUACAGGGGUAUACAUGGCUUAUACAGAGGGUACACAGGGGGUAUAGAAGGGGGUAUAUAAAGGUACACAAAGGUUCACAGGGAUGUUCCUCGGGACAUUAUACUAUUCAUCUCAGACGUCCGUGGACAAGGGCUUUUUUUCGGCCCGCUUCACGGACCGUUGGUUUUAGUCUGCGGUUCAAAAAUUGUGGUCACGUGAUAAUGUUUUUGUGGCUCUGCGGUUUGCAAAACACUGAUCACGUGAUGCCAUUUUGGUUGUUCGCGCCAGCGACCGCUAAAAAGAAAACCGCGAGUUGAAGAGAUGUUGAAAACAAAGACAGGUCAAAGUUAUAGCCCAGGAAAAGCCUUGUCUGAGGACAUUAGAAGGGGCAUUAUAGACACAAUUGUGCAAAACGGUGGAAAUCAUAUAUCAGUUUUUUUUUGGAGGCAGCUGCUCUGAUGUUGCAAGGAAAUUUAAUGUAAGCAGACAGUGUGCAAAGAACGCGUGGAAAAAAUUUGUUGACAGCGGAGAAAUUGGUCCUCGAGACAAGAAGGGGGCUCAAAAUCCCCCAAAUUUGACUGGAACUGAAUUGGAAAUUAUCGAAUUUCUCAAACGAGAUUCACCAUCGAUGUCCUUAUUGAAGAUUUAUGAUGUUGUAGAUUCUUAUUGCGCUUUUCCCGGUGGAACUUCAAAGGCUACAAUAAGCCGCGCCAUUAGAAAGAGGAUGUCGUGUGGUCCAAUGACUUGGAAGCGAAGCUCGAAUCGGCCAAUAAACAAAUUUUCCCCUGAGAAUGUUAAUUAUUGUCAAGACUUUCUUGAUUACAUGUCCACUGUUGAUCCUUGCAAAAUAAAAUGCUUUGACGAGGCUGGCUUCAAAAUGCCCGAUGUUGCAAAUCCAAAUUAUGGGCACUCGGCUGUUGGUGAGCCAUGUAUUGAAGUUAAGAGGUACAUAGACGCGCCAACCGUGACACUUCAAGUUCUUGCUGGUGUGGAAGGAAUAUUGUAUGCUAAUACAGUUGAUGGGGCAACAACUACACUUGAUUUUCUCAAAUUUUUCGGUGAAGCGUCAAAUAACUUCUUACUGUAGAAUGUAGUGAGCUGUGUAACCGCUCCUCCAGUAGUUUUCCAGUAGUUCAGUGGGAUGAAACACAUUGUCAGUUGCUUGAAUUAAAACAGAGUUGCGUUCUCGAGUUUUGGCUAUUUUAUUGGCUCUAGAAUAUUACACUGGUGACGAGGUACAGACAAAACCAUGGCAUUGAUUGGGAAAAUCGAGGAAUACCACAAGAAAGACAGCUGGAUUGAGUACACUGAACGGCUCGAGCAGUAUUUCGCGGCAGAUGAGAUUACGGACAACAACAAGAAACGGGCGGUUCUGCUCAGUGUGUGUGGAGCGAAAACUUACAAACUCAUCAGGAAUUUGGUUAAUCCAAGGAAGCCUACCGACAAGUCGUUCGUAGAGCUGGUUAAUUUGGUAAAGAAUCAUUUGAAUCCUAGACCAUCAUCUAUCGUGUAUCGCUUCAAGUUUAACAGCCGCUUUCGUCUGCAGGGAGAAACAAUACAACAGUAUGUCACCGAACUGAGGAAUUUAUCAGAGCACUGCGACUUUGGCGACCAACUGGAGAAAAUGCUGCGUGAUCGACUGGUUUGCAGAUUGAACGACGAACGGAUACAGCGGAGAUUGCUUGCUGAAAGUCAAGUAGAGUUCAAGAGGGCGAUGGAAUUAGUCACCGCGAUGGAAAUUACUGACAGGAAUACGCGUGAUCUGAUUGCUGGAAAUCUGAGUGAGAAACCCAAAGAAUCACAAGUUAACUGCGUUACCCAAGACCCACCGAAACAGCUACCAAAACAGCCACCAAGGGAUCCGAAAAGGUCGACAAAAGAAUGUUAUCGUUGUGGAGGACAAUUCCACGAUCCUGAUAAGUGCAGGUAUAAAGACGAAGAGUGCUACAAAUGCCGUAAGAAGGGUCACAAGGCAAGCCAAUGUCUCGGUAAGCAUAAAGCGGAGUUUCAAAAGAGCGGCAAAUUUGGAAAUACACAUCACCUGGAGGCAACAGACGAGUCAGGUGAGGAAGAAUGCGAAGAAUACACGAUGUUUCACAUAAACACCACGGAGAGAGAACCGUUUCGAGUCGUUGUAGAAUGUUGUGAGCUGUGUAACCGCUUCUUCAGUAGUUUUCCAGUAGUUCAGUGGGAUGAAACACGUCAGUUGCUUGAAUUAAAACAGAGUUGCGUUCUCGAGUUUUGGCUGGUUUAUUGGCUCUAG